UGCACUGAACUAUCUUAGCUAUCAAUUUUAGGGUUACUGGUGUGAGUUGCGAAAUUCUGCAGAACCAGUAAGUUACAACAAUGGGGAUUCCUUGGAUUAGAGGAAGGCUUUGUGAAAUUUCUUGGAAGCUUCCCCCUCCCGGCUCUUAGGUACGUGUCUAACGACGCUAUUGCAUAAAGUUCUGAACUGAUAAUACCGCCCUAUAUUAAAUGUUUGAUGUUUGUAUGCUUUUCUAAUUGAUUGACAUCAUUUCCUUCCCUAAAUUCCAACUGUUAUUCCUUUAAAUUUUCUGGCACAUGAUUUUUGUACUGUUGUUUCUUGUCCAUUUUGGAAAUUCUUGUGUGGAAUUUCAAUUUGGGUAUUUUCCCCCGGGAUCUAUGAUCCGUUGUGAAAUUUCUUGGAAAUUUCCUUCCGGGUUUCCAUCACUCGUAGGAAUAAAUAAUGGAACUCUUCUUUUCCCUACUCGAUAGAAACAUGGAGUCUAGUGCAGAAGAUUUGCGUUCUGCACUAGUUCCAUUGAUGAAACUUAUUUCUCUUACCGUCAUUGGCCUGGUUCUUUCCCACUCGAAAACUCAUAUGGUUCCAAAAGCUACUUUCAAGCUUCUCAGCAAGCUAGUCUUUGCUCUGUUCUUGCCCUGCCUGAUUUUCACCAACCUCGGUGAAUCCAUUACUAUCAAAACUAUCACCUUGUGGUGGUUCAUCCCAGUCAAUAUUGUCAUCAGCACUGCCAUAGGUGGUGUUUUGGGUUAUUUGGUGACAAUAAUAUGCCAGUCACCACCUCAAUAUUUUCGAUUCAUCAUCAUCAUGACUGCAUUUGGGAACAUGGGCAAUCUUCCACUUGCCAUUGUUGCCUCUAUAUGCCACAGUGAAGAUAAUCCAUUUGGUCCCGAUUGCCGUAGGACCAGUGUGUCUUACAUAGCUUCUGCCCAAUGGGUUUCUGUAGUUCUUGUCUAUACCCUUGUUUACCAUAUGAUGGAGCCACCAUUGGACUAUUAUGAGAUUGUUGAGGAAGAAGGGAUUGAAUUUGAGGAACAAGCCCCGGGUGGUGAACUCAGUAGGCCACUUCUUGUUGAAGCUGAAUGGCCCGGAAUUGAAGACAAAGAAACUGAGCAUUGCAAGACACCUUUCAUUGCCAGAGUCUUUAAUAGCAUGUCAAGCAUCUCACUAAGUACCAUUCCGGAUUUUAAUUUAUCAAUGGAUGAGGGUGGAAGAAAUAAUAAUCCCGAGUCCAUUAGGUGUUUGGCAGAGCCCAGGAUGGUAAGAAGGAUAAGAAUUGUUGCAGAACGAACCCCAGCUCAUCACAUUCUUCAACCCCCAACAAUUGCUUCUCUUUUAGCCGUCAUAAUUGGGUUAGUUCCCUGGCUGAAAGAAUUGGUGUAUGGAGAUGAUGCUCCACUUUCGUUUAUCAUUGACAGUUUAGAGAUCUUGGCUGCCGCGAUGGUUCCUUCAGUAAUGCUUAUUCUUGGAGGAAUGCUUGCCGAGGGUCCAAAUGAAUCCAAGCUUGGAAUUCGAACUACCAUGGGCAUUGUUGUUGCAAGGCUCUUGAUUCUUCCUUUACUUGGGAUUGGGGUUGUGUUUUUGGCUGAUAAAAUGAACCUUUUGGCCCCUAGGGACCAAAUGUACCGGUUUGUGCUCUUGUUGCAGUACACAACACCAAGUGCCAUCUUGUUGGGAGCAAUUGCAAGCUUAAGAGGUUAUGCAAUUAGUGAAGCUUCAGCUCUUCUCUUCUGGCAGCAUGUGUUUGCCAUUUUCUCUGUUUCAUUAUACAUAAUUAUUUACUUCAAAGUGCUUCUUUUUUACAUAUGAGUUUUGUUUUAACAGUUCCGCCAUAUUGCUGUACUUGUUAAGGAUGCAUGAUUAGAAUGCAAUGGAUGAGACCUGAGUCAUACUCCUUUUUAAACUUUGCU